GUCACUGCGACCCUGUCACAUACCGAAAUGUUUUGAUUUCGCAUGCUUAGCAGGGUGACAGAUCUCGCCUAGUGUGUGUCAUGAUUUGAUUAUACUCACCGUCUAAAUUGCCAGACAAGCUCAGGAAACUCUGCUUUGCAUUCUAAGAUUUACAUAGAACAAGCAGGAUGCCGGUUAUCUGUAACUAACCCAUCUGGAGUAUAAUCUUGAGGAAAACAAAACUAAAAGCAUGAAAGAAACCGAUAAUGUGCGGGUGGCGGUUAGGUGAGAAGGAAACCUCCACAGGCCUCUCAAUGAGAAGGAAACCUCCACAGCAGAUUCAGGAUGUAAGACAAUGGUCAAGGUGGAGUCCGUGAGAGGGACUAUCACAGUCAACCACCCUAACGCCUCCCCAGGGGAACCGCCAAAGAUCUUCACUUUCGACAUUGUUUUUGGACCCGACUGUAAACAGCUAGACGUCUACAAUGAGGUGGCCAGGCCUAUAGUGGACUGUUGUCUAGCAGGGUACAAUGGGACCAUUUUCGCCUAUGGACAAACGGGUACUGGCAAAACAUUUACCAUGGAGGGUGUGAGAUCUGUGCCAGAACUUCGAGGAAUCAUUCCCAAUUCUUUUGCACAUAUUUUUGGUGCCAUCGCAAAGGCUGAGGGGGACAUACGAUUUUUAGUGAGAGUGUCCUACUUGGAGAUCUACAAUGAGGAAGUGAGGGACUUGCUGGGGAAAGACCAGGAACACAGACUGGAGGUCAAGGAACGUCCCGAUGUUGGUGUGUAUGUGAAAGACCUUUCGGCUUUCGUAGUGAGCAAUGCAGAUGACAUGGACCGAAUUAUGACGCUCGGCAACAAAAACAGGGUUGUAGGCAGCACCAACAUGAACCAGCACAGCUCCAGGUCCCAUGCCAUCUUCACUGUCACCAUCGAGUGCAGUGAGAAGGGAGCAGACGGACAACAGCAUGUCCGUGUUGGGAAACUUCACCUUGUUGAUUUAGCUGGUUCUGAGAGACAGUCCAAAACAGGCGCCACUGGUCAGCGCCUGAAGGAGGCUACGAAGAUCAACCUGUCUCUUUCCACUCUGGGAAAUGUUAUUUCUGCACUUGUAGAUGGAAAGAGUAGUCACAUCCCCUACAGGAACUCCAAACUGACACGACUACUCCAGGAUUCUCUCGGAGGAAACUCAAAAACUGUCAUGGUGGCCAACAUCGGCCCAGCUGACUACAACUAUGAUGAGAGUAUCAGCACCCUCAGAUAUGCCAACAGAGCCAAGAACAUCAAGAACAGAGCCAAGAUCAAUGAAGAUCCCAAGGAUGCAUUGCUGAGACAGUUCCAGAAGGAGAUUGAUGAACUACGUAAACAGCUGGAGGAUGGUAGAGAAUAUGUUGGGGGGGAAAGUGAGGAUGAUUCGGAGGACGAUGACGGGGAGCCUAGUGAAGGAGGAACAAGGCGAAGGCGGAAGAAGAGAGGUGGCAAGAAGCUGUCCAAGGAGAAGAUGGUGGAGAUCCAGGCCCGCAUCGAGCAGGACCGUCGGCUGCUGGAGUCAAAGAAAGACAUGGCCGAGGAGGAGAGGAACAAAGUGAAGAUGGACCUGGAGAAGAAAGAGUCUGAGCUCAAGAAAUACCAAGAAGAGCAGGACCAGCUAACCCAGAAACUGUCAGCCAUUGAGAAGAAGAUCAUCGUUGGUGGGGAAAACCUGCUGGAGAAGGCCGAGGAGCAAGAGCGUCUCCUCGAAGAGAGUGCCCGGGAACUGGAUGAGAGGAAGGAGGCUGAGGACACCCUGCGUAAGCAGCUGGAGGAGAAGGAGCAAGAGCGGCUGGACAUCGAGGAGAAGUACUCCAACCUCCAGGAGGAGGCACAGGGCAAGUCUCGCAAGCUGAAGAAAGUCUGGACCAUGUUAAUGCAGGCCAAGUCAGAGCUGGCAGACAUGCAGCAGGAACACCAGAGGGAGAUGGAAGGACUCCUGGAAAAUGUCCGCCAACUGAGUCGAGAACUCAAACUUCACAUGACCAUCAUCGACAGCUUUAUCCCAGCCGAAUACCAGGAAAUGAUAGAGCAGCACGUCCAUUGGAACGAUGACAUUGGCGAGUGGCAGCUGCGGUGUGUGGCCUACACCGGCAACAACAUGAGAAAACAGACACCACAGCCAGAGAAGGAGAAGGAAAAGUUCCAGGAAGUGGACUUGUCCCACGUGUAUCUCGCCUACACAGCAGAAGGUGCUGCAGAGGCCAUGAGGCCAAAAACUGCAAGAUCUAAAUCUGGAAGACCCAAAACUGCCAACAGGCCAAAAAGUUCAAAGAAGAAGCGAAAGGAAAACGAACUGGAGACAUUGCUCCAGUGACUAUUGUCAGGGGCAUUCGCCCUGGCUGUGUUCAAGGCAGUGUUGCUAUGGGAACAGUUCCAGGAGAAUGCCUUUAGCCACAGUUCUGGCGCACUGAAACCCACCAGCCAGACUGCAGUACACAUGGAACAGCGGUUCCUGACGCGGCUGGAUCUCCAUGACAACACCUCUGGCCAAUGUUUACUGUGAUAACUUGCUUACGUCAUGCACCAGUCAUCAAAUCACCAGAACAUCUUCAUGUUGUCCGAUUCCGUUGUGGCAUUUAUCCAUAUACCUUUUUUAUGACUUUUAACUUACGACUGUGUAUGUAGCUAUGAUAAAAGACAAGACUGAUUACAGUCUGUGUCUAGAACCUGAGGCUCACUGUCUUAAAUUGUUAACUAAAGUGAUAACAAAAUAAUGUUAAUGUUAACAAAAUUACAACCAUAUGUCUGCAUGCAUCUAUACCACCCAACCAAUGAGGUGUUGUAGCAUUGUAUUUCAAAGGUCAAGGUCAUGUUUGAAGUUGUUAUGAAACAUGGUUGGAACAUCCAUGACCAGUUUUAGUCACACUUUGAUUUGUACAAUCCUUAGGUACAUUAAGAUGUUCAAGUGAUGAUUUUCAUUGUCCUCAAAGGACUGGAAGUACAUGGUUGUCUUUUGACACUUAAGCUUUGAGGAAAUGAUACUCACUUGACUGUUGUUGUUUUUUAAAGUAUUUGAAAACCACUCUAGUUUCCCAGCAGAGUGGCUUGCAAAGUGAAAUGGUUCUGAUCCAGACUUCAGAAAUAUUUCAGGUGUUGCACUGCUGAUCUGUAAACAUUGGAGGCAAACAUUUGCAAAUUAUCUCCCCUUUGCCAUCAUGUGACAUGCACGUUUGGCCUGAGUAUGUUUCUUGUUUCAAUGAACUCAACACUAGCUCUGACGGCUACCAAGGAAACGAGAACGAGAUUCACGUGUAGAUGAGCAUAGUUGAUGAUUAUCAUGAACAUAUCCUUGUGAUAAAUAUCUUUCAUUUCUGUCAGGGAUUAAGUCCCAUUUUCACUAACUUACUCCCUCUAGGAUAUCACUUUAUUAACCUUGAAAAUGUUUUGGGGGUUGUUUUUUUCUGUUCAGUAUUAAAUAUUAUCUGCUAUUCAGUAUUAAAGAUUAUCUCAGUUGAAAGAUCUGAAUUAGUGUCUCAUGAUCUACAGGAACUCAGCUGCACAUUUGAGUAAUAGAAAGGUGUGAGGAGCAUGUGAUGUGUUACCAUGGUUACACAGGGACUGGAUCAAUAUGGUUAUUUAACUUCCUUGUUAUGCACACUGUUCACAUGGGUAGAUGUAGUUUUCUCAACAGCUUUCACCUUGGAAAUUGUUGUUUUACAGAUCUGUUGUAAAUGGCAGUUAUAUCAAUUAUUUUUGUUUGUACAUUUUGAAAGCAUAACUUGUUAUAGAAAUAAACUUUGUGUUAAUGAAUUAUUUUGAAUUCAAAAUUCUGAUUUGAUUCAGCUGUCUCAAGUAAUAAUGAAAUUCCUUUGUUAUCAUGUUUACUAUCUGAUGACAGACAUAUUGUACUUGUAGUAUUUCUGCAAUAGGAAUGCUUCAUUUGAACAACAGAAACAUCACUUCGAAUCCAUUUCUAUAUCAAAAUUAAGAUUCGUGUGUCAUUAUUAUGAGAGAAUUUCAAAUAUAUUCUAAUGGCGUUACAAAAAUGAUGUAUUAGGUAGAAUACAUAUUUGCAUGCCAUCAGAAUGACGAGAAUUUAGAACAGAUUCUAAUCUGUUAAUGUUGGUGCAAAAAUGUCACAUUAUUCAUAGUGUUGAUGCCUGAUUAAUAUGAUAUGAAUUUCUGUGGUUUAGGCAAUGUUAAGUCAACUGCAACUCUUGGUUUUCUGGCACCUGAUGAAAGCAAUAGUUGAACUAAUUUAUUAGUAAUAUCCUACUGGCCUACUGAGCCUUUUUAAUUGAUUCCUGAAGCAAGGUGCCAGUUUGCUCCUGAUGUGUAUGAUGCUGUCCAAGUUGUCAAGGGUCCAAAGGACCAGGGUCCCAAUCCACCACAUGUUCGUAAUGUUACGACCUAUCGUAACACUAUAACUUAUCACAGGCAUAUGAAUGGUAUAGAGCUACAAACAUUUUGUUGCUCAGGCCCCAGUACAAUAAACAACCUACAGGUCCUGUUGGAUCUCAACUGGAUGCAGUGGAGCUUAAAUCAUUGUUUCAAAUGGUUUACUUCAUCGUAGUAAUAUAUGAUAAAGUUCAUAAUGGUAAACUGCAGAGGUCAGUUUGUAACAGGUAAACCUUUCACCUUUUCCAGAUGGUAUUUUAAACACAUUCAGUGGUCCCAAAAACAAGUAAACAUGUGGAAUUAGUACGAGAAACCAAUAAAGAACGUAAAACCUUUAAUUGCUGAUUUCAUAUACCAUACAAACCUACACAGCUUUGAUCAUUCCCCCAAAUGGGGCCGUAGGUAAAGCAUGUGCUUGUCACGCUGAAGACUAGGGUUCGAAUCCUCAUUUGGGUACAAUGUGUGAAGCCCAUUUCUGGUGUCCCCGCCAUAUUGAUGGAAUAUUGCUAAAAGCGGUGUAAAACCAAACUCACUCAUCCCCCAAAUUACCAUUAAUUUUACUUUUACUCGUUUCAUAAUAAAGUACUAGACAUGGACAAGUGUUGUGUCAAAUGUCAUAAGAUCCAAUGUGUUUUUACUGUAUUUGUGUGAUGUUUCUCUUGUUUAGAGCUGAGAUGUGUGAUAAUGUACCUUUCCUGUUACUUCGGGGACUCUAUUUAGUUGUUCAUGUUUUACCAUGCAAUGUAUACUGUGUCAAUCACUCAUCGUCUCAUUUUUACCUUUGUAUAUAUGUGAAAUCAAUUGUAGAUAAUCCAUAAUUUAUUUGUAAGUUAUCAAAAAGAUAAAGAGCAAGAAUUAUACUUAAAAA